AACUCAAGUUUGUUUUUGUUUGUGCUCGAUCCGGCCACCGUCAAUGCAACAUCGUUUUUGGAGAUUGCACAUUUCGCUGCCCGCAAAGCGCCCAAAUUGGUCGUUGUUUUCUUGGGGCAGUCCGAAUGGAAAGAACGUGCCCAUCCUGAAGACCUUCCUGAUCGACGACGCACAUGCGAUCUGCUCGAUGAUAUACUCACGAUGCAUGAAGUACCUGUGCUACAGUCGAUUCAGGUUUUGGCGACUAAUUCUCGCAAAACUGUUUCUCGCGUACGAGCAAUGGACAGUAUAGCGGUUGGCCUGGAAAGUUGA